CGCCACUCCACUGCUACUACUGCUCCGCCGCCUACUACAAGUCUACUAGAAGUAGCUUAUUAGAGCCAGAUUGGCAAAGCUUCGGCGAGCAGCGACAGCGAACUGAAAACUCUCGGGCCUCGUCGAUCGACGCGAUCGGCCGGGCGCGUUCGGUCUCGAGGGCAUGGAGCGCGACUGCCAGUUCGUGGUGGUGCCGCCGCGGCAUGGCCAGUACGAGGAGGGCCCGUUCGUGCACCAGCUGAUGGUGGCCGGGGACCCCGACCCCGCCGGUGCGGGGAGAGGCGGUGGCGGUGUCGGCGGGGAGAGGAAGCGGCGGUUCACGGAGGAGCAGGUGCGGUCGCUGGAGACGACGUUCCACGCGCGGCGCGCCAAGCUGGAGCCCCGGGAGAAGGCGGAGCUGGCGCGGGAGCUGGGCCUGCAGCCGCGCCAGGUGGCCAUCUGGUUCCAGAACAAGCGCGCGCGAUGGCGCUCCAAGCAGCUCGAGCACGACUACGCCGCGCUCCAAGCGCAGUACGACGCGCUCCACGCCCGCGUCGAGUCGCUCAAGCAGGAGAAGCUCGCGCUCGCAGCCCAGCUGGACGAGCUGAAGCGGAGGCUGAGCGGGCGGCAAGACCAGCCGAGCGCCAGCUGCGAGGUCAGCGGCGGCGCGGAGGCGGCCGACGGCAGGAUGAACAGCGCCAGCUGCGUGGCGGAGGACGACGGCGCCGUGACGCCCGCGGUGGCCGCCUCGGAGGAAUCGGCGGCGGCCGAGUACUGCUACGACCACGCCCCGUACGGAGGGGGCCUGCUCGAGCCGUUCUGCACCACCCCGGAGCUGUGGGACACAUGGCCGCUGCUGGAGUGGAACGCGGUCGCAUGAACAAAACAACCCCCCACCACGACGGAGGAGAAUGAAUAUAGCAUCCGUGUACUCUACUCGUGCCUCUGUAGUCUGUAUGAUAGCGUACGCGUGGAUUCAUGUUGCUCUCUAGCUAUGGCUAGCACUAGCAAGUGAUCACCUGAUGAUGCGGCGAGAGAGAUCGACUGGAACAGACCAGGUGGAAACUGGGCAGACAAGAAUUCUGGACGCGGCCGGCCUGGGAGCUUCAUGCGCUCAUGGCAUUGUACACCAGGGAUCGACGGGUCCUCGGCCGCGUUUUGCCGCUUUAUUAGGAUCCAUUCAUGUUCGCGAGCUAGAUUCUUCAGAAGUUCAGAGUCCGAUCGGAUGUCA